CAGCACGCCGCACCGAGCAGUCGCUGCCUCACUACCUGACCUGCCGCACCGCACGCACAGUCAGAUCCUCACUGCGUAGUCCAGAGCCUAAACAGCACCAGCCAACGCAGAGAUCCCUCUAGCUGCCAAUUUUUGCUGAUAUACACAGAGUACACCUCCGAGAAACGCGUACUUCGUGGCCACCCAACUGUGGUCCUGCCUGGUUCUGAAAGGAACGAUUACGACGCAGGUGUCACAGUGUGCGUGGAUGAAGAGCGGUUCCUGUCUAGCCGUCGCCAACUGAGUGGUUAUCACUCAAGAAGAGGCAGCCGGGUAUAGGGGAUUCACUCAUUCAACGAGCUGCAGAGGUGGAGAGACUUGGUUACUGGUAAACUGCGCAAUCCGUGACAUCUGUUGACUGCAAGAAAGAUACCGGUUUACCUUGAAGGCAACUUACAGGUUACCGGAGCCGUCGACCACACGUGGCUGCGUGCAGAUAAUGUGCUAAGUGUCUCUUCCCUCAAGUGGAAAAGAAUUAACAAUGGAUCCCCUCGUCUUCAUCAUCUGUCUUCUUCAAGUGUGCGCGGCGCAGGGCCCCGUCUACGUGAACCCCGGCUCCGGGGGCGGCCAGCCGGCUGCGGUGCAGAGCACGGGGUCGGCGCCACUGGUCACUCAGACGGUGUACGGCUUCCUCGACUUCACGACCACGAUCGGCAACACCGUCAUGAUCUUCUCGCCGCAGAGCGCCCCGCCGCCAGGAGCUGCGCCGACCCCGAAACAGACCACGAAGACGACCGUGAUCGAGACUCGACCGCCGACCGCCAGCAGCGCAGCGCCGCCCGCGGCCAUCAAACCCAGCAAGACUGUCUCCAGCGACCCCACGUCGGACAAGAAGGCCCGGCCAGCCUCCAACGUGGAGGUGCGCGUCGGCGCUCCGGCCACAGUCGUCUUCUCCAGCGUGGUCGAAGUGCGCAAGCCGGCCGCCUCCAGCAAGGUGCAGGUGCUGACCGGGCCCGCAUCCAGCGAGGUCCACGUCCAGAACAGGCCGCCCUCCAGCGUCGUCCACAUCGUCAAGGCGCCGGUGAGCAAGGUGGAGGUCCGCGGUCCCGCGCCGAGCGCCAGCCCUGUGCCGAGGCCCAAAUCGCCGCCCUCGAGCGUGGUCGAAGUGCGCGGCGGCGCCUCCAGCGUCGUCUUCUCGCCCGCGUCGCGGCCGCCCCCGCAGCUGCUGUCCUCCGUGGUCGAGGUGCUCUCCAGCUCCUCCAGCGACGACGAGCCGGCGCUCCUGCUCGGCGACAACGCCCUAGAGCCCGAGUACGACUUCCUCUCCAGGCAGCCCUCGGAGGUCGUCGACGAGACCUAUAAGGUGAUCAACUUGAAGCCCAGCAGCAAGUUCCACCUGAAGGGACGCCAGUCGUCGAGCGUGCACCCGAACCACAAGUCGUCGAGCAAGCACGUGCUCGUCAGCUCGACGCGGCCAGGCUCGUCACCCAAGGUGCGGCCGACGCCCGUUUCGUCCUCUGCGCGCAUCCUCAAGACGGCGGCGCCGCGUCCGCGCCCUCAGGCGCAGCAGCUGGAGCCGACGCCGGUGGCCGGGACGCUGGCCGACGAGACGGCCGCCCUGCCCCUGGAGGCGCUCUUCAGCUCGGCGCCGGGCCUCACCCGCAACCAGCGCCGGCCGGCGCACCACCGACCGGGCAAGCACGACGAGGCCGCCGACGAGGCGCACGUCGCCCCCAGCGCCGCCCACGGCAGCCACGGCAAGCACGGCAAGAAGCACUCCUCCGCCCGCCAGCAGGCCGCCAGCGCCGUCAGGCCCACAUCCACCCAGAGGUCCGGCUUCCGCUCCACCAAGACAGGGUCGGGUAACAGCCGCUACUCGAGGCCCGAGGUGUCGACCGUGUCGGUGGUGCACGAGACCAGCACAGUGGCGGCGGGGCGCCGCGGGCAGAACCGCGACGCGGGGGCGGCCGCGUCCUCCGCGGCAGAGCACGCCUCCGCCGGUACCAGCGUGUACAAGUUCAAGCUGAACCGGCCGAGCGGCCGCUGGCAGUACAAGACGACGCCCAAGCCGCGCGUCACCAUCCGGCGCGGCCAGCAGGAGGACGAGGAGAACGGCGUGGCCCCGGCCCAGGCCACCCCGCAGCUGCCGCCGCUGCAGCCCGAGCCGCAGGCACUCUCGAGGGCCGACACCGACGCCGACCACGACCUGGAAGGACCGUUGCCCCAGGGCGAGACGGAGCAGCAGCUGGCGUCUGAGGACAGGGCGGCACUGGUCUCCAGCCCAGACGGAGACGCCUCCCCACCGGUAGCCGAGACCAUCAAAGUCGAGAUUUCCACUCCCGCUGACUUCAAGGACGUCUACUACGAGAUAGCCACCAUCAAAUCGCCGUACACAUUCCAGGUGGGCACGGUGCGCAACACGCGCUUCAUCACGGUGACGUCGACGUUCGAGCGCCUGCUGGAGCCCAGCAAGACCGAGGCGCCCGGCACUGCGCCUGGAGGCGUGCCGACGGCGGCGCCCGCCCCCGCACCGGAGAACAUCCUCUCGCUGGAGGGCAGCCUGCCGCUGGAGGCGGGCAUGGCCACGCUGCCCGUGCUGACGCUGUCGCCCGGCACCGAGACGCCGCCGCUGCACACCACCACCGAGACCUUCAGCACGACCACGCUGCUGCUCAAGACGCACGUCCUGCCCAUCGUCGCCCCUGCCGGCAACACCACCAGCAGGUACACGCUGGUGCAGUCGUACCAGGUGACGCGUCACGUGACUGCGACACGCACGCUGCCGCCGACGCACCUCUUCCAGUUCGAGGCGAGCCGCGCGCUCACCGACCUGAGCUCGCACCUCGAGGAGGCGGGCUCCGAGCUGCACCUCGAGCUCGACCUGUCCGACAACCACCAGCAGGACGGGCAGCUGGGCCGCGAGGACCACGCGCGACCCAAGAAGGCGCCCACGCCCGCGCUGCUGCUCGACGCCGCCAACAACCCUCCACAGCCCCAGCUGACUCCGGAGCAGCUGCAGCAGCUGGCUCUGCUGCGCUACCUCAACCCCGGUGCGGCGGCGGCGCUGCCGCAGGUGGUGACCACGUCGCGGCCCGUCCUGCGCAUCGAGACGAUCUUCGACUCGCACGUGGUGCCCGUGUACGACGGCCAGAGCACCGUCUUCAGCACGAUCCGCCGGCCCGUGGCCACCGUCAGCAAGACCGAGUUCGAGUACGGCACCGCCACGGUGGCGCCGCAAGCGCCCGCGCCGCAGCCGCCGCUCAACCCGCUCAACCCUCUGGCGCCGUUCAACCCGCUCAACCCGCUGCAACCGCAACAACAGUUCGCAGUCACCUCGACGCCAGUUGUCACGCAAACGGUGGUCACCGAGACGGAGAGCAAGAUCCUGAAACUGACGUUCGGCGCAAAGACGGCGUACACGACCCUGACGUCGACGCGCGUUGUGCCGACGCUGCUGACGACGUACGUGACGACGUCCGUUCCCGUCCAGGCGACGGCGCCGCCGGCCGCCGCUUUCCCGGGAUUCUUCCCGUCGCCGUACGCACAGUUCCCGUUCGUCGGCUGAGCGCGUAGCCCGAGCGGGGGCGAAAUCGGCGCCCGAUGCCUGAAGCGGCUCUUCGAGUCGCCGCUACACUCGUCGCAUCGCAGGACACAUCUCGCAGCCGCCCACCGCGACACAUAGCGCUUGCUCAAAAGACGUGCCGUCACAUCGCUGCAUCCCUCUCACAGUGUCGCGGUCAAGUGAUGUGUCUGCGAAGACGGACAUUCAACAGUGUACGCUUUCUGUCAACCCGAAAUACGUCCGCAGUUACCUGUUCAACCUUACUCAACCGUGCUCAGCCAGUGUUCUGGCUCCGCACAACCAUACGUUCGAACGAUAAACGUUAUCGCUGCGUACCAAACCAAAUGUGAGUUAGGUUGUGAAGCAACGAAUCUUCAGCAUCGAAUCAUACGUACUUUCUUCACUUGAGUGUCAUCGGUGG